GCUCGCGCUUCUCACCCCACCAUCAAGCACGCGCAGCUAAGCGCGUCCACGUGGUGUAUCAAAUGUGUGCGAGAUCGACACUGCAUCACAGCUCAUUCAAUUUCUAACCAGACGCCGACCAAUUCAGACAGCCAUGGUACGUUUACAUUUAACAACUAGCUAUGUGGCAUAUCAUUGGGGGGGGGGAAAUAUAUGUAUACACGUGUCAUUAGAGUGUGUUUUGUCUUUGUUGAUGCAAUGUAUUUUAGCUAGUGAACAGCGAGUUCAUUUUGAGAUGAAACCGACAGCAUCAGAUUGUCUCGGGUCAGCUGUGACUGCUAUGCUGUGUUCUGGAACGUUUCCUAGUUGAAUAUUAAAUCUUGGAUGGUAGCAAAAUGUUUUGACUCAUUCAGGUGACUGUCCCUAACUCACAAAAGCUUGUAUUAUACAGAUGUUUGCUCGUCUCCUCAUGACGUUAUAAUCGCCUAGCAUAGGACGUGUUUGGAUGGAAGGAAAACGACCCAAAAACAACUGGCGCCAUUUCCUCCAUCACACAAUCUCCCCGUCACUAAGGCCUAAUGCCCAGUCUAGCACUGUAAGCACCGAGUCGCAAGUAGCAGUCACUCUUAUCGCCGAAUUAAUACGCUAUCAAGUGAAAUUAGCUAGCUACUGCCCAGUACUACUCAUCCCCCUUGAAUUUGCCAGCUAUCUAUCACUAUCUGGCUUUGUAUUUGCCGGUACUAACGGCUAAUUUCACAUGGCUAACGGAAUACACUUACUGUGCCUGCACAUAGCUAACUAGCCAUUUAGCAAGCUAACUAGCUAAUUUGAUUUCCACCUCCUUUGUCUCCGCCAGUCGCACGAGCCCCUUGGUUUUUAUUAACUAGCAAACUAACGUGCGCAGGUGCCAUGGCAAUUGACUAAAAGUUAGCUUUAAUUAUAGAUAGCACUUAUGUUUGCAACAUGUGAAAAUAAUCGCGUUAGCGGUCUGGUAUUUUGUCGACAUCGUUUUGCCUUAUAUAGUGCACAUGUGAGACCACUGCGUUCAUGGCCCCACCCUGGUUUUUGGUGCAAAGAGCAUUUUUGAACGUUUUCUCUACUGUAAACAGUAGCCAACUAGGUAUUAAAUGUCUGUCCGCAGUAGUUUUAUUUAGUGAUGAGUAUAACAAAGUCAGGCGAAGGUCGAAAAAUUGUCGGGGGUGGAACCGUUAUUCCGCGUGCUAUCACUAGCUUUUUGCAAGUGGUCCUUUUGUCGUUAACAAGCGUUUCCCGCGACGUUCUUCCUGGUUUCUAAGUAUCAACUUUUGGCUAGUGGUGCCUCGGAACGAAGUUCACGAGAUGCUUGCGAACGACCAAAUCUACUGUAGCAUACUCAAGAAACAAUUCGUCAUAAAUGUUGUUCAUGUGUGGCUCACACCUAGGUCUCACUCAAUGUACCUAGGCUUAACCAUGAAUAAACUUGCCGAAUUAUCAACAUUUUUGUCCAAAAGAGCAAAUUCUGGUUUCUAUUGUCAUGCUUUCCACAUUAUGUUCUUAAUUUGGUGUAUCUAUGACCGAUCGGGGAGGGGGGGAAUCUCGAUUACAUUCAAUUUACUCGAAGAUUAGAGAUCCUAUUUUCCCACUUGCUGUUCAUUUGUGAGGCCUUUUAUGUACCAUUCUUGAUAAUAUGAAUAAUGUAUUACUACAUGACAUCAAUGCUUUGGUUCUAUUGUAUAUGAUGAAUGAAUAGUCACUGUGUUGGACACGAUUGGUCUCUGUUCCUGCCGAGUAGUGAGCUGGCUGGGUGCAAGGGCUUGGCUGAAGGAAGUGCUGGUUCUGUUGUGAAAAGGACCAGCUAUGUAUCCGGAGGGGCCCACAGUAGUCUUUAGUGCCCUAUUAUGGGUGCAGUUGGACAGAUGCUGGAAUAGCUAACCAAAAUGAUUGGGUGAAAUCAUUUCUUGUUGAUUACAGCUACUUGGUGAAGGAAUUUUUAUUUAUUACACUAAAUUUCAGGUGAAUUUGAAUAAAAAGUAUUGAUGUCCUUUUUCACCAACUCACUAACUGAUGGUUAGUCUGGAGAACAACCUUUUUAGGUUUACAGUCAUGAACCUGACAUGGCUGUCUUAUCAUGUGCUGUUAUUUGAACCUUGACUUUUGGCAACAUUCUGUGGUAUUUUAUGGCAGGAAGAAAGGGAUCUCUGUUGCUCCGAGAAGAAUAUGCUUUCUGCAUGGAGGGACUAAAAGGGUAUAAUCUUCACAGGCUUCUGGGUAUUUUUCUUUUCACACAGGUAUCCCCAGUCAGCGCUUUAGUCUGUGGUGUGGCUUGCUGCAGUGUGAAGAAACAUGCAUUGUCUGAAGAGCUCUCAGAAUAGUAACAGGAGUGCUCAUUGUUUUGGAAGAUCUGCAGGAUUAAGUGGAGCUGCAUGGCAGUUGGCUGCUGUUUGCAAUCACUCUGGGCUCUUCACCCUCGGUAGGAGGGCCUUGCUCUUCCUAGAAUAAAUGAUUGCCCUGGAAAUGGAACCCUUCCCCGGCAGCACUUUUAAUACUUUGGUAAAGUAUUUUCCCUCCCUCAUGUUCUGGACGUCACUAAUCCAGAUGUUUGUAUCUAAACUCUCCAGGCUCACCACUAGAUGAUUAGGUCCUGAGCCCAGUGUGGUCUCUCACAGGCCCUGGCCAUCCUCACGCCCAGAGCAAACACGCCCACACCCUUCACACACAAAUUACCUCAGUGGGUCACUACAGUGGCAGGGCUCUGGAAGGUAUGAAGCCACUCUCAGGCCAGGAGUGCAUUUUUAAUGAAGGCCUCCUCUGUUGUAUGGAUGUGGCUUUACUUGGUGAAAAGAGUGUCUAGUCUACCUGAUUUAGCAGAAGGUUGAUGAAAGGAUUGGCCAAACCCUGCCAGACGGAGGGGUGUUUUGACACUUGGUAACAUCCUCUGGCCGGCUCCUGCAUGGGUUGAUAUGAUGCCUGUUGGGUAAAAUGUCCUAAUGGAAAUCAGAAGACCUGGUUGAGGUUUAUAGGGCUGUUGUGACUCAAGGAUGUGGCCUGUUUUUAUUUCCCACAGAGGAUCCAUUGUCUGUGACCGACCCACACAUUCUAAGGCUUAAUUCCUGUCCCCACCUUCACUCCCAUGGCUAUUUUAAAGCAGUUACUUACAUGGCAUGGCUGGCGAUCUCACAUACUGUACACGUUUACAGUUAUAGUAGGAGGAAAAACCCUCCUACUUGUGUAACUUGGUUUUAUCUGCCCUUUUCAGAGACACCUGUUACUGGCCCUUAUCAGGCAGUAGCAAUCAAUCAAUGCAUCUUUGGCAUGUUAUGUUAUUUACGAAGGUCAAUAAUUCAUCCGUCCCCCUCACAGCUACCCCUUACUCAUCAGGGAUGUUAGUGUGGGUUCUCACUCCAGAUUGUGUCCAAGUUUGGAAAAAGGGUUAAACCCUCUGCCUUUUUCUAAAUGCCACUCCUGCUGAGUCAUGCAUGCCAUGCUGUACAUCAUUAUUUUUCUGGUCAAUGCCAUGGAUGGGGACUCGUAUAGUCCAUCAGCUUCACUGAUCAUGUGGGUAGAGGUCAUAGAAACCAUAGGAUUGCGGUCUGGCUUAUGGUGCCCCCCACCCAUAGGACUAAUGGGCGUUUGUUCAUAACUGCUAGUCAUUGUGCAGCUACAUCCCUAUCGAUUGCCUUUAUCAGCUGUCCUUGAAGGGUGCGUUCCUGCAGUGUGAUAAGUCCCAGGUCGUCUCAGGCCCUCCAAUUUCUUCCAUGUCAGUGUUUUCUGUCCUGUCACUCUCCUCUGCUGGCCAUUAGGACUGGAUAGCCUCUCUUGCUGCAUAAACAAACCACCCCCUGUGAGAAAUGGCGCUAGAGUUUUAGUUUUGUGAUCAGUCGGUAUUGAUUUGAAUUUGGUUGAAUGGUUCAUGAAGCCUGGGUUGCUGGAGACCAUGGUUAAUCUUUUUUUCUCCCUCAUCCCUCAGAUGCAUAUGACUGUAAUCUCACUGACCUCUCUCUGUCCCUCUCUGCGCAGGCUUCCGGGGUGACCGUGACAGAUGACGUUAUCACAGUCUUCAACGAGAUGAAGGUGCGUAAGGCGCAGGCGAACGAGGAUGAGAAGAAGAAGAGGAAGAAGGCGGUGCUGUUCUGCCUGAGCGAGGACAAGAAGCACAUCAUCCUGGAGGAGGGCCAAGAGAUCCUGACAGGAGAUGUGGGCGUCACGGUCCAGGACCCCUACCUGCACUUCGUCAAGAUGCUGCCCCCAGACGACUGCCGCUACGCCCUCUACGAUGCCACCUACGAGACCAAGGAGACCAAGAAAGAGGACCUGGUCUUCAUCUUCUGGUGAGGAAAGAGGGGGGGGGCUCGGCUAGACUGGGGGGGUAGGCUGAGGGGGGCAUCAUCCUACAUUUUCUGGUAUGGUGUCACUUUGACUGUUCAAUCACUUGGCUUCGAUACUCGGGACAAUGGUUAAACCAUUACCCCUCCCUCAUAGGGCCCCAGAUGGUGCUCCCUUGAAGAGCAAGAUGAUCUACGCCAGCUCAAAGGAUGCCAUCAAGAAGAAGUUCACAGGUGAGAGGCACUGACAGUUGCAGAUGGAAGAGACCUUUUGGGCUCUGUGGGUUCUCUUCAAAUUAAAUGGCAUCUCCUUGCUCAAUGGUAUAGCUCUGUGUAAUUGAAAUGCAUUAUACAUUUUUUUUUUUUUUUUGGGGGUUAAUAUGCUUUGUGUCCUAUGUGAAGCUAAAUUUUCCCUCUGUUAUUUCAGGUAUCAAGCACGAGUGGCAAGUGAACGGUUUGGAAGACAUCAAGGACCGGCGCACCCUUGCCGACAAGCUCGGAGGCUCAUCAGUAGUCACCCUGGAAGGAAGCCCUCUAUAAAUUUAGCCCCAGGCUUCAACUGAAGCCAGACAUCUGAGGGGGUUGGCUGUUCAUUCCAAUAUGGUUGGGAGGAGGGGCAA